AUGGAAAAGGCCUCGACAUUUGACUCCGCUACUAACUCAGCUCGCCAUGGAGCGAAAGGAGAUAAAACAACCUCGACUCUUCUAUUUCAUUUUCAGCCAAGAAGCAUAAUGGAAUGCAAUGAAGAAGCAGCGCAAAAAAAGUUGCGGAACAAAAAUCAUGAACGUGAAUUAAAAUGGUAA